CAUUUUUUUAAAAAACAAAACAAAACAACAAAAAAGUUAUUGAAGCUCGUUACUUUAACAGAUCAAAGUGUGUUGUUCAUAUGGUGACUUGUGACAAGCUAAGAGGUAACUACGUCUUGAUAUGAUACAGCCACUUAGCGAGACGAACGGUAAUACUUAGUUUGGGUUUCUGCAUGGUAGCUAGUUGGCUAACGUUAGCUGCAGGAGCUAGCUGGCUAACCAGGUCCAGCCCAAAAGUUGUUUACCUCAAGUUGUGGAUGUGGUCCGCCUUGUACCUUUCACGUCUCUUUUCUCUGGGAUAAGAGCGUAAGGACCAAAACUUCACACUGGAUUUAACACCGCGCAGAAAUUAGGAUGUCCGCAGAGGUCGAAUGUAGUAAGGUUGAGUCAGGUUUGACAGCCGCCAGUUCCGCUGCAGCAGCAGCGGAAAACCAAAACAAGACCGAGGGGGCUCAGCUGCACAAACCCCAAGAAGAACAAGGACAAAAAUGUACAGAAAAGCAACUGCCGGGUGGUCACAGUUCAGAGGGGACGAAGAGUCCGACGGAUAUGCACAAAAAGUGCAAACAAAAUGAUAAAGAGAACGACCAAAGCGGCGGCGCUGACUCGGCUGUGGAGACGGUGAAGCGGAAAGUUGUGGAAGCUCCGCCACCCAAAGUCAACCCAUGGACGAAGAGGACCACAGGCAGAGUGCCCGUCGGCAACAUUAACUCCAGUUCCCAAGAAAAGGAUCAGCAAAAUGCUCUGAAAGUCAUCCGUGCCAGCAAGCCCCGAAUCAGAAAAUCCAGCAAGUCGAGUGAUUUCAGUGAUAUCACAAAUUGGCCCACGCCUGGUGAACUUGCUAAAGAGCAACAGCAAAAUGUCCUCAACAACAAUGGAAAGAAGCCUUCAUCCUCACGCAGAGAGAGGGACAAGAGGAGAGAGCGGACGGAGAGGAAAUCUGAGAGCAGCCACGAUGGUGGUGAUAGCAAAGAGAACCAGGAGGCUCAGACUGACCCACUUGCAGCACUACCCAAGGAUGAGGAGUCCCAGGUGGGACAAGACUUCAAGAGUGCCAGCCUAAAGAAGAGAGGAGGUAACAAACGUAAGUGGGUCUCUCUACCAUUGGAGGAAGUACCCCAGGAGGACGGUGCCAGGAUGCCAGGUGGGGGCCCGACACAGUUGGACACAGAGCACAGCAGCAACUCGCCUGACCCCGCAUCGCCCAAUCACACGCUCCAUAAUAACAGGGCGCAUGAUAGCAACAGGAGUUGGAGAAGAGAGCCUCGGGACUUUGGGGAUGAUUCUACGAAUGUCCGAAGCGAUGGCAGCAGCAUCCGUGGAGGAAUUCGAGGCAGAGGGAAAGGUCGUGGUCGUGGGAGAGGUCGUGGUAGAGGUCGAUAUGAGUAUUCUCAGACAUACCGGGACUCUCGGUCCUCUGAUGGCUCCUCUGUCCAAGUUCCCACAGAGUUUGUCACUAACAUGGUUUACUACUAUGAUGACGGCAACAAGGUCCAGAUGUAUGCAGUGGAUGAAAAACUUCUUAAAGAAUACAUCAAACGACAAAUUGAGUACUACUUCAGCCUCCACAACCUGGAGCGAGACUUUUUCCUUCGGAGGAAAAUGGAUGCACAAGGCUUCCUCCCCAUUUCCCUUAUUGCUAGCUUCCACAGAGUCCAGGCCCUUACCACUGAUGUCAACCUCAUCAUGGAGGCUCUGAAGAACAGCACAGAGGUGGAACUGGUAGAUGAUAGGGUCCGUUGUAAAAGUGACCCUGAGCGCUGGCCUAUUCCAUUGCCUCUCAUCGUGGGUUCCCCUCGGACCGACUUCUCUCAGCUCAUCAACUGUCCUGAGUUUGUACCUAGACAGACUCCACAACUCAACCCUGCAAAUGUUGCUACAUCACCUGUAAACCAGACUACUGCUGAGUCUUCAGAGCCUCGGGACUCUACUGAAUCCAGCUCCUCCAGCCAAGAUUCAGUUUCUGGCACAGACCCUUCCAAAGACGCUGCUACAACCCAGCCUGACCCAGAUGCCUGGAUCCAGGUGGAGAAACGCCAUCGUCAGUCAGCUGGAAAGGCAAAGCAUGUGAGUGGUGAUGUUUGUAUUGUCGAAUCUUCCUCUCCCUCAUUGCUCCAACCUGACCUCCCGCCAUUUGCAGAACGCACCGAGGUACCUCAAAUGGAUUUGCGGUGCCCACCCCAUGCUGAACCUGACCAAGAGGAACUGGACUUCAUGUUUGAUGAGGAAAUGGAGCAAAUGGCACCUCGGAAGAACCAGUUCACUGAGUGGUCAGAAGACGAUGACUCUGACUACGAGCUAGAUGACCAAGAUGUCAACAAGAUCAUUAUUGUUACCCAGACCCCUCCCUACCUCCGCAAACAUCCUGGUGGUGAUCGGACAGGCAACCAUGAGUCGAGAGCCAAGAUUACUGCAGAACUGGCCAAAGCCAUUAACGAUGGGUUGUAUUAUUAUGAACAAGAUCUUUGGAAAGGGGAGGAGCAGGCUGAGUGCAGCAAGCAGGACAUCGAGAACUUUAAGAAGCUCAGUGUUAUCAGUCAAGAUGAGUUUGACACCCUCACCCCCAAAGUUCCAAUGGACCCAAACCAGGAAGUCCCACCGCCUCCCAUGUCAGUCAUGAACAGUGGCACAGAAAUGGCCUGCUCUCUGCCCAAAACAGUUCCUGAAUCACCCACAACUCACCAACCCAGAACUCCCAGGACGCCGCGCACUCCUAGCCGCCAGGAUCCCAAUAAAACACCCCGUUUCUACCCUGUCAUGAAGGAGAGUGGCACGGUCGAUGGAAAGAUGCCAAGGAAGAAGAAGACCAGCCACAGUUCGAACCCCCCUCAUGAGGCCCACAUUGGCUGGGUGAUGGAUUCCCGUGAGCACCGACCACGCUCUGCAUCUAUCAGCUCCAAUGCUUCUCCAUCAGAAGGAGCCCCACUGUCCGGAAGUUAUGGCUGCACACCCCAGUCUUUUCCCAAAUUCUGGCAUCCUUCACAUGAGCUUCUGAGAGACAAUGGCUUCACUCAGCAGGGAUAUCACAAGUACCGCCGAAGAUGCCUAAAUGAGAGGAAACGGUUGGGGAUCGGCCAGUCUCAGGAGAUGAACACUCUCUUCAGGUUCUGGUCCUUCUUUCUGAGGGACAAUUUCAACAGGAAGAUGUAUGAGGAGUUCAAACUAUAUGCACUGGAUGAUGCCAAAGAAAACUACAGGUACGGUCUGGAGUGUCUCUUCAGAUACUACAGCUAUGGUUUAGAGAAGAGAUUCAGGUUAGAGCUGUUCAAGGACUUUCAAGAAGAGACUCUCAAGGACUUUGAGAAAGGCCAGCUGUAUGGACUAGAGAAGUUUUGGGCCUUUUUGAAAUAUUCUAAAAUUAAGAACCAGCCCAUUGACCCAAGACUGCAGGAACACCUUUCCCAUUAUAAGAACCUGGAGGACUUCAGGGUGGUGCCACCAAUGGGAGAGGAGGGAGGUAGAAGGAGGCAUCACUCAUCCUCUGCCGGGGAUGAAGGUAGGGGUCGACGACAUCCUUCCAACACUACCUCAGCGUCCACACAGGCCUCCAAAUCCUCCACCCUUGGUGGUCAUCAUUCAGCCUCUGCUGCACAGCACACAACCAAAGAUGGCACCCAAAAAACAGCAGGUGCUUCUGCCCCGGGAAAGAAGGUGGAUCCAAGAGCUGGGAAGACCAAGAAAGAAAGUGCUGCACGAAAUAAGUAAACCUUCUCCUUGUCUGGCUUCACCUCUGACAGAGGAGACGGCGUGACAGCACGCUGAGCAAGUUGGCUCUUUUCACUAGCAAACUGUUUUGGGCAUGAAGAGAGACUUGAGCGUGGUUGACUUAGAUUAUUAUCUCUGCAUUUCAUUGUAAAGCAAGCAUAGGCAGCAAGCUUGAAUGUGCGCUUGACAGCUCAUAAUGUUUACAAGAAAAUGCAUUCCCUGCAUUUUGCCUUUAUUCUGUCAGAUGCCAAACUACAGCAAGUCCUCUGCUUGUUGAUCUCUGAAAUCUGUAAACGGCUCUGUUUUGUAAAGAGCUCGGCCCGACAAACUGUGAUUCUACUUUGCCAAGUUAACAGAUACUGCAGGUUGUUCUGUGUGCCUUAAUCUGAUUCACCGGGAAAAUGGAGUUCUGUAUCAAACUGUUAAGUUGUGCAUUUUAAAGUCUUCCCAAAGAUUUAUUUGGGCUUUGAACUUGUAUAAAAAUGGUGCCACAUAGCUUGUUUUCAGUAUGACAAUCAGGUCAUAGAUUUGUGAAGGACUGACCCCAAGGCUUCUCAAUUGCAGAUAUACCCUGAUGUUUUUAGCCCGACUUGACACAUUAAAGUUGAAUUUCAAGUGUCUUUUUAAUUAAUAUCAGCCAAAAUAAUGACAGUAUAAUUUGAGAUGGUCAAUUCUCUGGGGAGCUUUACAUAGGUCUUGUUUUACUCCCAGUAGUUGGAUAAUUUAUUGUUUUUUUUUUGUUUUUUUUUCUUCCAUUUUCUUGUUUGAUGGCAUAGUCCUAGGCAAUCAUUGCAUUUGUUUGAUGGCUUUUGCUAUUGAAUAUAAUAAUGAAAUUCAUUUGCUGGAAUUGUGGGUUUGAGCUAGCAACAUGAAAGUACAGUAUAUUUUAGCUUAAUUUACUUAAUAAUAUGUUUAAGGCUUGGUGCUCAAGAGCACUUUGUUUACUUAUCUUCAUCAAUGAACUUAAGAGGUUUUAGGGUAGAUUUUAAAGGAAAAAAAUGUACAUACAAUAAAAAAAAAUCAGUUACUAUUAUUCAGUUAUUAGAUUUUAAGGGAUUUUUCUGGGUAGCGUGGUUUGUGUGUGCUUUAGAAUACAUUGCAUGCUAAUGCCAGAUUGUUCUAAAUUGUAAAUUGCAAAAAAAAGAUAAAAUAUUUGAUUGCUUAAA